AUGAGUCAACAGCUCAUAGUCAAGAUAGCGCUUCUGGGGAACGCAGAGGCGGGAAAGACCUCCCUUAUGGUGCGGUACGUGGAGGGCGAGUUCAACCACAACUAUAUCCAGUCUCUAGGGGUCAACUUCAUGGAGCGUACAAUUACCCUACACGACAACCCCGUCCUCCUGUCCAUCUGGGACCUCGGCGGAGAAUCUGAAUUUAAGAACAUGCUCCCGUUGGUGUGCGAUGGGUCCAUGGUCUUUCUUUAUAUAUUCGACCUCACUUCCAAAACAAGCCUUGCUAGCAUAAAGGAGUGGUAUCGGCAGGCAAAGGCCCUCAACCGCUCUGCCUUUCCUGUUCUCGUGGGAGCCAAGUAUGAUCGGUUCCGCGAGCUCCGGGAAGACAAGAAAAGGGAAAUCAUAGAGCAUGCGCGCCGCUACAGCAAGGCGAUGAAGAACUGCCCUUUAGUGUUCACGUCUGCAGAGCUUGGAGUGAACAUAAACCGCCUCUUCAAGCUCGUUGUCUGCCUCGUCUUCGGGCUGAACCCGGGAAUAGAGCAAAUAGAAGCAGAUGAUCAACCUAUCUUCGAGUACACGCUCAUUCAGUAG